CAUCUAUCUUAUCUUAAUUACGGUCUUUCAUAGUACUAUAGCAUCGAUGGAUGUUGGAUGCAGCGGAGUUGUUCUUCUCAUGAUACUGGCUAUUGCACCAGUUGCAGUAGCAGCAAAGGAGUCUGCUGUGAAUUUAUUGGAAGCUAAGGCACUGCUCCAGAGUGGCUGGUGGGGAGACAGUAGUGCUACUGCAACAAACAUCUCUGCCCACUGCCACUGGUCUGGUAUCAUUUGCAACGAUGCUGGUAGUGUUACCGAAAUACUACUUCCAAACUACGGAAUUCAAGAUGAGUUGACAAAUUUCAGCUUCUCUUCUUUUCGGAACCUGGUUAGACUAGAUCUCAGUCGAAAUGGUCUUUACGGAGCCAUCCCACAUCAAAUAGGUACACUCUCCAAACUCGCCUAUCUCGAUUUGUCUUUCAACAAACUUGAAGGUGAGCUUCCGUCUUCUCUAGUAAACCUUACACAACUAGCACAUCUCGAUGUUUUUUGGAAUUCAAUUGACAACUUAAUUCCUCCAUAUAUCGGAAACUUGACAAACUUGGUUACUCUAGACUUGAGCCUCAAUUCAUUUUUUGGUCCCAUUCCUCCAACUCUUGGUCAAUUGUCCAAUCUAGACUCCCUUGACCUCAGCAAUAACAACUUCAAUGGAACGAUUCCUUUAGCUCUUUGUCGUUUGACAAAUCUUUCCCGAUUAUACAUUCACUCGAAUCCCUUAAUGGAAAGAUUUCUCCCAAAAGAAAUAGGAAAUUUGAAGAGUUUAGUUGAAUUAGACUUGAGUAACAGUAGAUUUUCUGGCAGCAUCCCUCCAACUCUUGGUCAAUUGUCUAACCUUGACUCCCUUGACCUCAGUAAUAACCACUUCAAUGGGACGAUUCCCUCAACUCUUUGUCGUUUGACAAAUCUUUCCCGUCUAUAAAUUUGCUCGAAUCC